AUGGCCUCCUCACGCCCAAAUUCAAGUCGCUAUGGCGGAGAGGAUAACAGUACUGACUCUGAGCCUUUUCCUGCAAUGCCCGGAUCGCCCGCCGGACCCAGUUACUCGACUCCUACCACGACCACGACCACCACUACAACCACAACCACCGCCUAUACUUCUCGCGGCAGACCCUACACCAUUACUUCCACCCAGUCCCCGACUCACCAAGGCUCUGCAACGGUCGUCUCUUCAUCCUCCGGUCUUUCGCCCACCCGGGGACCAAGCACGCGAACGACCGUCACCACGCCUCCGCAACGCACCAUCAUGGUGACUUCCUCUCCCCAAUCCGCAUCCCCCCAGAUUCCUCGAAGGCGGCCGAUUGGUAUUAGAAGGCUACCGUCGUCCAGUCUCAUACGGGAGGAGGCUGCAGAAGAAAAUGGCGGUGCAAGUGGAAAUGUCAGCAGAGCCUCGUCCGGACGCGGGCGCAGUAGCUCAGCGCCGCAGCAUCUCGCAGUUCCCCAACAACAAGGCGGGCAUACUUUGACGAGGCAGCCGACGAGGCAGUCUCUGCUGCCGACCGUCGAUGAACACUAUACCGCCAACGCGACGACCGAUCGCGAAACUAUGAAUGAGAUGACCGGCGUUCCAGGUCGCAGGAGGAGUCUCAGCAACACUGCUCGAUCUGUCAUAAGUCGGCUAAGUGAUCAUUCGCGCGAGACUCAGGAGCCAGAGUAUGACUCCGAAGUGGUUGAUUUAUUAGAUGUUAUCGAUCCCGAGGUGUCAACCCUGACAACUCUCACAAACGUCCAGAAUUCCUUGUUCGUGCCAGAUCUUGGUCGGUGGGUGAACCGAAGACCGACCUACACCCUUAGCAGUCGUCGCUCGUCGAUGAGAAGCCGUCCAGCAUCGACGAUAGAAGAACACCUACCCGUUGGCAUGACCCCGAUUGAGAGCCGGAGACCCGAAAUUGAACGAACGCACAGUAUCUCCUCAGUCGUUACCGAUUCUCAUUUUGCGGUCUUGCCUCAUGGAAUAUCGCUUGCAGGAUGGUCCGAGGAAGACAAGGAAGCCUUGGAUGACCAUGUACGACACAUGAUGCACUCGAAACGUUCGAAGUUCAAGCACAGCAUGAUCGCUUUUGGGAAAUAUGUCCGACAACCUCUGGGGUUUUUCGUUACACUCUAUGCGACUUUGAUCACCUUGUUCGGUCUUGCUUGGGUGCUGUUCUUGAUAGGUUGGAUUUCUGUUGGAGACCGACAGUCCUACCUCGUCAAUGUCAUUGAUAAUGUCUUAGUCGCGCUCUUCGCGCUGAUGGGUGAUGGCCUUGCUCCCUUCCGGAUAGUCGACACCUACCACAUGAUUUUUAUUGCCCACUAUCAUCACCUCACAUGGCGCCUUCGGCGCGAGAAGCAGCUGCCGGAGCUUCGGGACCAUAAUGACUUACCGGCACGCAGCGAGAAAGAUAUGGAUCCUGAAUCCGCAACCUCUGGGAAGGCCGAAUUCUCUGUCCUGAACGCAAAACAACAACAGCGCUUGAUCCAUCACCAAGCCAAGUUUUCAAAGUCCCAUUCAUUUUAUAAGCCUCAUGAGACUGCAACCCAUCACGCGUUUCCCUUGCGACUUCUCGUCGCUAUCGUUGUACUGCUCGACUGUCAUUCCCUGUUCCAGAUCGCGCUGGGAACAUGCACCUGGGCUAUUGAUUACCACACCCGACCCCAAGCAUUGACGGCAACCAUUCUUUCGUGUUCCAUCACUGUGAACAUCACGGCGGGUAUACUGAUCAGCAUUGGGGAUCGGAGAACACGAAAGAAGGACGUAGUCACGAAGAUGGAGAGGCAGCAAUUGACAGCUGAAGCCAUCAGAAAGGUUGAGAAUCACAAGAAAGAGAGAAUGGAGAAUCUCCGUGAAGCAGGGUCCCGAGAGAACUUCGAAGUCAUUGACGAGGAGACGGCAGAACAGGUCAGGUCCGCGAGAUAG